AUGGGUUGGCUUCGGCUCUUCUUCCUCCAUCCUGUAUCACUUUAUCAAGGUGCUGCUUUCCCCUUUGCACUUCUGUUUAAUUAUCUCUGUAUCAAGGAUGCCUUUUCCACCCGGGCCAGGUACCUCUUUCUUCUGACUGGAGGAGCUAUCCUGGCUUUGGCUGCCAUGGGUCCCUACGCUGUGCUCCUUUUCGUCCCUGCUCUCUGCUCUGUGGCUCUGGUCUCCUCACUCAGUCCACCGGAAGUCCACAGGCUAAUUUUCAUCUUUCAGAUGGGCUGGCAGACCCUAUGCCACCUGGGUCUUCACUAUACCGAGUACUACCUGCAAGAGCCUCCACCCUUCAGAUUCUACAUCACUCUUUCUUCCCUCAUGCUCCUGACGCAGAGAGUCACGUCCCUCUCCCUGGACAUUUGUGAAGGCAAAGUGGAGGCAGCCUCGGGGGGCAUCAGAAACAGGAGUUCUUUGUCUGAGAACCUGUGUGAGGCUCUACCUUAUUUCAGCUACCUGCUCUUUUUCCCUGCACUCUUGGGAGGCUCCCUGUGUUCCUUUCAGAGAUUUCAGGCUUGUGUUCAAAGAUCAAACUCGUUGGAUCCGGGUAUCCCCUUGCGGGCUCUGACCUGGAGGGGUCUGCAGAUUCUUGGGCUGGAGUUCCUCAAGGUGGCGCUGAGGAGGAUAGUGGCUGCAGGAGCCGGAUUGGAAGAUUGCCAGCAGCUCGGGUGCAUCUACACCAUGUGGUCCACAGCGGGGCUCUUUAAACUCACCUACUACUCCCACUGGAUCCUGGACGACUCUCUCCUCCACGCAGCGGGCUUCGGGUCAGAGGCUGGCCAGAGGCCUGGGGAAGAGGGCUACGUCACUGACGUGGACAUCUGGACACUGGAAACUACCCACAGGAUCUCCCUGUUCGCAAGGCAGUGGAACCGAAGCACAGCUGCGUGGCUCAGGCGGCUCGUCUUCCAGAAGAGCCGGCGCUGGCCCGUGCUGCAGACUUUUGUCUUCUCUGCCUGGUGGCACGGGCUCCACCCAGGACAGGUGUUUGGCUUCCUGUGCUGGUCUGUAAUGGUGGAAGCUGAUUAUCUGAUUCACACCUUUGCCAACGCGUGGAUCAGAUCCUGGCCUCUGCAGCUGCUUUAUAGAGCCUUCACUUGGGCCCAUACCCAGCUCAUCAUUGCCUACGUCAUGCUGGCGGUGGAGGGCCGGAGCCUUGCCUCCCUCCGCCGGCUGUGCUGGUCCUACAACAGUGUCUUCCCUACAGUGUACUGUGUUUUGCUUUUUCUAUUAGUGAAGAAGAGACACAAGAGGCACUGA